ACACCUAGGAAAGCAAAUGGGUUGCUAGGGUUUUAGCCUGGAGACGCUUCACAGAACAUGGAGAUGAACGCAACUGAGAAGAUUUACCUUCCCGUUGAUGGCAUCCUCGAAAUGUUCGACUCUCUCACCGGGCAUCUUCAAUCGGGCAUUACGCACACAGUUCUUAAGAGCGCAGCCCUUACCCCAGUAGCCCAGAACCCCAAAAUCUCACACAUAUCGAAGACAGGCAUGGCUAUCAUUAAAACGGGCAAAGGGCUCUGGAGACAACAAGAUAAAAGAGGGGUUGCAAGUAGAUCGAGUUCUGGCAAUCGGCAGGUUUUGACUGAUAAACAACCAAAAAGGACCGUGGAUCUGCUGGAGUUGGGUCUGACCAAGCCCAGGAACUGUCACAGAAUAGUUGUGCUUGGUGCACCCAAAGUAGGUAAAACCAACAUCCUCCAGCGGUUCUUGGGUAAGGAGUUUGUAGAGCACUACGAACCAACAACCGAGGAUUUCCACAGAAAACUGUUCCACAUCGGAGGGGAGGCAUACCAGAUCGAUCUUCUGGACGCUGCAAGCGAAAGGGACUUCCCUGCUAAACGGAGGUUAUCCAUUCUGACAGGUGACACCUUCCUGCUUGUGUUCAGUUUGGAUGACAGGGAGUCCUUCAAUGAGGUCUGUGAGCGGCUCAACGAGAUCAAAGCUGCUAAGGCAAAGUUAAUGAACAAAUUAAAACAUCCCGCGAGAGUACCACCAGUCGUGAUAUGCGGAAAUAAAGUGGACUUGGAGGCGCCGAGGGCCGUCAGACGGUCAGAGGUAACAGAAAUUCUCGGCGAGGAUGUCGCGUUCUUCGAAACCUCUGCUAAAGAUGGUACCGGAAUGGAAGAUGUGUUCAGGGCCCUAGCCACUCUGGGCGGAAUGCCUGGCGAGACGAGUCCGUCGCGGCACCAGAUCAUAUCCAUCCUCACCUAUCAGUCGAUGUGUCUCUGCCAGCGAGGCAGGAGAGGGAACCGGGGACUCGGCGCGCCCUGCGCCGCCGUCGAUCCCCUGGCUUGCCGCCCGAGCUUCACCAGCGACCUGCGGUUGGUGCUAGAAUCAAGCACCAAGCACAACAAACCCGAGAUGUGUCAGAUUCAAUGAAUUGUGAGCCUUCUCGAUAAACCAAUUGCAGUAGUAUGCUGCAAUUUCAUAUUAUGUAAGGAGUUAUACUCCGUAGCACCUGGCUGGACCAGUGCAGUCAUCUUUUGUUUUUGUAGACCUAUAUGUAACUAUUUAUAUUAUCUUAUAAUAAAAAAAUAUUUCUAAUUGUCA